AUGUCGAAAUUAUAUGUAGAUGUACUUCAUCUAAUAUUCGAAAAAUUUCAAGGUGAUAAGGAUGAUAAAAAAUCUCUUAUUUCAUGUCUUUCAGUUAAUAUAACUUGGUGUGAAUUAAUUGUUCCAAUUUUAUGGAAAAAUCCUUGGGAAUAUUUAAAAAUCGGGAAAGAAAAAAUAUUAUUAAAAGUAAUUAUUUCCCAUUUUUCGGAUGAAUUAAGAAAUAAUUUAAGUCAAGAUAAUGAAUUUUUAAUAGAUUCAUAUAAGAGACCAUUAUUUAAUUAUAUUAGUUUUUGGAGACAUCUAAAUUUAGAAAGAAUCGAAAGAAUGUUUAAUGCUCAUAUUCAUUUUAAAGAAAUUAAAAAUGAUUUACUUAACCUUUUCAUCAAUAAUAAUACUAAAUUUACACAUCUUUAUAUAUAUCAACAAUUUAAUCGUCAAAUCCAUCUCAUUCCUGAAUCAAAACAAUGUUUUUCAGAUAUCAAAUUUCUUAGUUGUAAUGCUAGUAUAGAUGAUUAUGUUUUAAUUGGAUUAAUUGAAAUGUGUGAAUCAAUUAAAGAAUUGGAAAUUUUUAUUGAAAAAGGGAAUAAAAAUUAUGGAAUUAUUAAAUUAAUUAAAUCUUCAAAAAAAUUAUUUAAUAUUAGUUUAAUAAGAACUGAAUUUUCAUUUUCAAAAUAUUCAAGAAAUGAUGAAUCAAUGGAAUCAUUUUGUAAUAUUCUAGAAAAUUCAUUAAUUAAUCAUUCAAAUACUAUAAAAUAUUUUAAGUUAACUAAACAACCUAUUACAAAAAUUCUUUCUCAUCUUAUAAAUUUAAAAAUAUUAGAAUUGGAUGGUAGUUUUCAAGAUAUGGCUUGGGAUCGUAUAGAAAAUUUAUCUUUACCUUAUUUACAAAUAUUAAAAGCUAAAAGUAUUCCUAUCAAAUAUUUAACAAAUUUAAUUGAAAACACAAAUGGUUACCUUAUUGAAAUAAAAAUUGAUUAUAUAGGUCAUGAUGAGAUUAAUAAUAAAAGGAUUAUUAAAGCUAUUUAUCAAAAUUGUCCAAAUCUUCAAUAUCUUAAUUUAAUGUUUAGAAAGAGUAAUAUUUUAGAAUUAGAAAAAUUAUUAAUUAAAUGUCAAUAUUUGAAUGGUUUAUUUUUUAUUAUUGAUAGUGAUGAUACUAUUAAUUGGGAUAAAUUAUUCGAAAUUUUAACUAAAUUUUCACCAAAUAAUUUAUUUAAUUUUAAAUUUUAUUCCGUUAAUCAAAUUAAAUUGAAUUCAUUAAAAUUAUUUUUUGAUAAUUGGAAAGUUGAAUAUAAACAUCCUAUGUUAUUAAAAUUCUUUAGAAUGAAAAUUGUAAGUGAAUAUGUUGAUUUAGUGGAAAGAUAUAAAAUAGAAGGUGUAGUUAAAAAAUUCGAUCAUGAUUUAUAUGGAGAAGAUUUUGAAUGGAUCUAA